CUGGCCGUCCUCUCCAUCUGUGGGCCCUACCGUUCAGGCAAGUCUUACUUCAUCUCUCGCGUGCUAGGCAGCCCUGGAGCCUUCAGGCUGGGCCACAGCAUGCAGGCCUGCACUCGAGGCAUCUGGAUGGCCACCACCGUCCUAGAGUGCCCAGAUUUUGCCGUUGUCUUCCUGGAUACGGAGGGUAUCGAUGCCGUGGGAGCCUCUGAGACCAUGGCCAUGAGCUUGCUCACUCUCACCACUCUCCUCAGCUCCUUCCUCAUCUACAACUCCAAGAAGUGUGGUGAAUCAGAGUCUGUCAGGGUGAAGAAAGGAUUCUUCCCUCAUUUUCUGUGGCUCCUGCGGGACGUGAGUCUCAAGAUGACUGACAGGGAAGGGAAGGAGCUGGCGCCGACUCAGUUUCUUCACACCCGGGUCUUUGCAUCUGAAUCGGGAGAGCUCACAGACUUGGGAAAAUCUCUGGUCAGUCUUUUCCCCUCUCUGGAGUGUGCCACUCUCCCCAUACCUUCCACCAAGAGAGACAUCAUCCGUGGCAUAGUGGAGCAGCAAGACAAGCUCAAACCAGCCUUCAACGCAGCAGUCGAUGCUCUGAUUCAGCAAGUCCUCCAGAAAGUAGCUCCAAAGACAGCCAUUGAUGGGACUACUACAGUGACUGGGAAGGCUCUGGCUGCUCUAGCUAGAAGCUAUGUGGAGGCAGUCAACAGGCCAGGAGCCCUACCAGACCUGGACCAGGGCUGGCAGGCAGUGGUGAGGCUGGAGCUGAAGGAAGUCUCCUACAAGCUGGUGAGGGAGUACGAGAGGGAAAUGGAGGCGGCUUUGGUUGGAAAUCUGCCAAUGGAAGAAAGAUAUUUUCUGAGAAUCCACGAAAAGACACUGAACAGAAAGAAGAGUGUUCUGAGAGAGGAAAUCUGCCGUGUUAACCCUCUCCACUCCAGCCAUGAAGAAGUCCAGCCACUCCUGGACCAGCUGGAACAGGAUAUCGCGACAUGGAGUGAGCCAAGUGAUAAUGGAGGGAGAAAAGUAACUGGAGGGCCACUUUAUUGUUUUACAAUCCGAAAUUUCACAGCAUCGAGAAAACACAGUGAAAUAUUGUUUAACUAUCUCGUAAAAGACAGCAAAGUUAUGCAAAAGUUUGAAAAUGCAGUGAGGAAGUCCGUUUCUCUUGACGUCGAGAGCGAUAUUAAAGGUAUAGAAGUGAAGUACCACACGCGAGCAAUCGGACCGGCUGCCAGCGAAGUUUUGGAGAGGGGACUGUCAGAACUGAAUCAACUCUCGGAGACUCUCAAAAGAAUACCUAGCGCUCCGAGAAAUGUACAAGUUAUCGGAAAAGGGAGUGAUCGAAUCAAGCUAAGCUGGGAUACGCCGGAACAAAAUCCAGAUGCAGUCGAGGAAUAUGUGGCGUACAAGCGAAUUGAAGGUGAAGAAUGGGAAGAGGCCGAGAGAACUGAGAACACUAGGGUUUUGGUAAAGGGUCUGGAAUCGUGUACCAAGUAUGAACUGUGUGUGUUGGCUACAAACUCUCACAUUGUGAGUCUUAUGCAGAGUGGAGUGGAUGCCGCAACAAAAGCUACAGUUGCUGAUGGUGCCCUAAAUGGGGCCCUUGCUUGUCUGCCUGGAGUAGGGGUCAUACUAACUGCAGCAGGGAAACUGAAGCCGACGCAACAAGAGCCAUUGCCCGCCGAUUCCCGCAACACAAACCGUGACUGCCGUAUCGAUAAAGCUGCUCGUUUAGCAGCGAUACCACUUUGUCUCCCUGCGUUGAUCUUUCUGGCUCCUUUAGCCCCAGUGGGAGCUGUAGUAUGUGCAGUCGGUGCCGUUGGAAACCAAGUUGGUGACCUUACAGAAGAAUAAGAAUCUCAACAUGUGGAGUUCAAUGUGUCAUUGAUAUGGAACUAUGUUUUAGCUAUUACAUGAUGUGAAAUCUUGGGGUAAACCAACUAUCAUUACGC